UAUAUUUUCAUGAAAUUGCUCAUAUUUGGUGCUACUGGCCCCACUGGUAUGGAAAUCAUCAGAAGGGCUCUAUCGGAAGGCCAUCAAGUGAAUGUGAUGGUACGAUCGCCCGAUAAAUUACACGACGAUAUCAAAGGAAAGGUCAAUGUCUUUCAUGGCGAUUUGACUGAUGAAUCCACUAUGCUAUCCAGUAUGGAUGGCGUUCACGCAGUCAUAUCUGCGUUAGGACCACUUGUAGGUAGACAUCCUGCUGGCUUACCGAUCACCAAUGGAUAUAGGCUCAUGAUAGACUGCAUGCGACAAAAAGGAAUUCGCAGACUACUAGCCUUGUCCACGCCAAGUGUUGUGGAUGAAGAAAAUGAUCGUUGGAGUUACUGGACUGCUCUUGGUCCUUACGGCGCCAUGAUCUUUCAUAACUCAUAUAAAGAUAUUCUCGCUACUGGUAAAUUGAUACGGGAACAAAACGACAUCGAUUGGACACUUUACCGAGUUGCGCAUUUACAAAGCAGCGAUCAAGACACAACUAUACUCAAAGUAAAUUACGCCGGCGAUGCAAGACCGUUCACAUAUCGCAAAGAGAUUGCCAAAUUUUGCAUCGACGAAGUAGUUGCAAACAACUGGAUCCACAAGUUACCCAUUUUAUCAUCGUCCUGAUUAUUAAUAAAUGCAUUGGAAAAGACAUUUACUAUUAAAAUUAAGGAUGAUAACAGUUUCCUUUCCUUCUGUCUUCUCUCAUUGCUAUGCUUAGAAGUUAUAUUAUUGAUUAAGGGAAGUGCAUAUAUCAUAUCAAAAGGCAUUAAACGGCCCAUGCAAAUGAACAAAUCAACCUAUUAGUAUCUUCGAGUAAAGUUGAUCAUCAUCUCUUUAGCCGUCAUAUUUAGCAUCUGUGAACCAAACACAAUGCCGUCCUUGUGAAUACAAUCUUCGGGCAGACUGAGCUCGUAUUUCCUCAAAAU